AGGGGGCGGGGCGGCCGCGGCGAGCAGCCAGACAGGCGCAGGGGGGCGAGAGACGGAGAGCCGGCGGGGGGCGAGCGGAUCGUGUUCGGCGCUGCAGGUACAGCGGUAGCGAAGGCGGAUUGAAAGCUCGGGUCCGGUCCGGUUAAGACCCUCCUUGAGACAGCCUCCUCCCCGCCAUGUCAGGCAGCGACGUGCGGGUCGUGUGCCGAGAGGCCGGCCCGGGCAGCCCGGGGCCCGCGGCGAGGAUGCCGGCCUGGAAGCGGGAGAUCCUGGAGCGCAGGAAGGCGAAGGGCGGCGGAGCAGGUGCCGGCGAGCCCGGCUCCGUGUCCGUCCGGGCCGGCUGCGACCCGCCCGCGGCGGGGAAGGGCGACAGCGGCGAGAAGGAGCCCGGCCCGGGGGCUCGCAAGAACUUCUUCAUCGCCUCGGCCAGCCAGCUCUUCGGGAGCCGCCGCAGCAUCCCCGCCGGGCCGGAGCUGUCACCGCUGCAGACGAACAAAGGCGCCGCGCCGCGCCUCCCGACGGCCGGCGGCACCGGGCGGCCCGAGAGUCUGGUGCUGCAGGACAGCCUGGGCCCGCUGCAGGAGAACCCGUUCAUGAAGCUGGAAAAGGAGCGCCGGCGGCGGCUGGACCGCGACAGCACCGCCCGGCCCGGGCAGCACCUGCUGGAGCUGUACGGCAACGUGCCCGGCGUGAAGACCAUCCGGGCCGACAACAUCAUCAUCAUCGAGUCCGACCCGGAGUACUUCCCGGAGGCGGGCGGGGGCAAGGCCUCCCCCGGGGACCGGCUGCAGCAGAACGGCACGGUGAGCACCUACAGCUCGCUGAGCGACCUGCUGGACCGCCGGGGCAGCGGCGUGACGGAGAUCCGCGCCCGGGAGGUGGUCGUCUACGACUCGGCGCUGAGCCGGAGCGAGGAGAACCUGAGCACGCUGGGCCGGCCCGGCCCGGAGGAGGCCGGCUGGGAGGCGGGGCUGGCCCCGGGCCGGGUGAGCCGCAUGCUGCAGAAGUUCGACCGCAACUACGGCAAGCUGCAGCCCAAAUCCCGCAGCACGGAGAACUUGCUCCUGGACCCGGAGCCCCGAGCCCGGCCAGACCCGUUGCCAAAGACGCCUGCGCCCCCCUGCCCCCCGCCCGCUGCAGUCUUCCAGAGCCCCAAGUCUUCCAAGCCGGAGGGCGGGGGGGCCCCAGCGCCCCCAGCGCCCCCGCCGGCGGAGCCACAUCCUCCAGUGUCUUCCUGCCGCCGGCACGCCGCGGGCGAGAGGGGGGAGGCCGGCGGGGGCCCGGAGGGGGCCGCCACAAGUCCAACGGUGCCAAGUGCCCCGGAGGAGGGGCCGGGGGCGGAGAGCCACAGUGCCAGUGCGGCCCCCGCCCGGCAGGGGGCGCUGUCCCCCACCUUUGAGAUCCGGCCCUCCCCGCUGCCCGACCUCUCCGCGCUGCCGGCCGGCGACGCUCAGGCGCGAGCCCUGGCCAACCUCCGCCUGCAGUCGCGCAACUCCUUCACCGUCGUCCCGCGGCGCCGGGCCGUGCCAAGGGCCCCCGCGGCCCCCGCUCCUGCCCCACUGCCCUCCCUGACGCAGGAGGCGGGGGCAGAUGCCAGGGAAGGCCCUGCGGAGCCCCCCAAGCGUGAAUCGGGGUCCCCCCCACCCCCGUCCCCUCCCCCGGCGGACCCCUGUCCUGAGGACCCCUGCGCGGACAGGCUGCCCGUCACCAACAUCGACGACGUGGUGGCGUCGGAGGAGGAGACGCCCCCCGCGCUGCGGCGCCGCUCCGGAAACACCUUCACUGUGGUGCCGCGGCGCACGCCGGAGCCCCCGGGGCCCACCCCUGCGCCCCAGCCCUCGGCUGCGCCGCCCCAGGGGCCCCAGGCGCCCUACGCCCAGCUGGGUGCGCUGCUGAAGAAGCGCUACCCCGCGGUGGAGGAGAUCGAGGUGAUCGGGGGCUACCUGUCCCUGGGGCGCUCCUGCCUGUCCAAGACCAGCUCCACACGCAAGAAGCUGAAGAUCUCGUUCAACGAGUCCAGUCUGCAGAGCACGUUUGAGUACCCGUCGGAGAGCAGCGUGUGGGAGAGUGCGGAGGAGGAGGACAGGGAGGGGGAGGACAAGGACGGGGAGGAAGGAGAGGAAGACAGCGGCAGUGAGCGGAUCUUCAUCCCCCGACCCUCCUACACCAGCUCUCCCACCCACUCCCCCAACACCAGCACGGAUCUGUCCAGUUACACUCCGAAGCACUCGGUGGAUUUCAGUGCAUGGCAGGAACACAAGCUCGAGGACUCUGUUUCCCUGGGGGACCCUUCCUCACGGCGCGCCGAAUUGUCUGCUGAGGGAGUGAUGCUCACGCCAGCUGACAGCUCCUCCCUUUCAGACUUCAGCAGUGAGCCGGCACUGUAUUUCUGACAAGGCAGAACCCAACAGAACCAACAAGAACAACUCGGGACCAGCCAGAACCAAUCAAACCCAGGCUGGACUGGGCUGAUUCGUGUACACACAAUCAUGGGACCAACUAGAACCAGAUAAACACUUAGGGCCAGAUGGAGCUGCACAGAGUCGGGCAGAGAAGAGUCCAGGCCAGACUGGACUUCAGAACCCGGUGGUUUUUAAACCAACCUUUUAGAGCAGCUAAAGACAGACGAGCUACACAGCCAUGUGUUCUGCUCCAUCAGAACCUGCUGAGAGCAGUCCCAUCGAGCUUGGUCUGACCCAUUGAAGGGACUGAGAUCCACUCAGUCAGCAGAAGCCAGACACCAGCCAGUGUUAGCAGCACUGGUCACGCAGAAGAAAUUAACUGGACUGUUUAGGCUAGACUGGAGUGCACCUCCUACA